AUGUCAGAUAGUUCGUUUAACUACACGCAUAUGAGAAGAUCACAUCAUGUUCUCCAUAUGGAGCAGUGGUAUCGUGAUGAGCUUGAGGAUGAAGAUAUUGAUACUCUCCCGGUGAAUCAGGAUUUCAGUUCGUUCUUACAGUCAAUAUCAUCCUUAUCCUUUGGUUCUACAAAGAACAAGAAGCCAAAGGACCCCAAAUGGAAGGAUACACAUGCCGAUAUGUUUCUAAGUGAUGACAAACAGUGGUGGGAUGGGAUGAAAGAUGAUACUUUGUUGAAAAGUCUAGAGAUGAAUAGAGAUCUGUCCGCUUCGACCUCAACAGCUUUUACGAUUCCUCACACCAUGGAGAAAGUUGGAGAACACGACUUCGGAGUUGGAAGUUCACAUAUGAAGAGUCCUAUACCGGAGCUAACGACACCGAUACUUAUGAGAAAAAGGGAAUCUAAGAAGGCAAAUUCACAGAAUUAUAAAACGCCAGUAGGCAGGAUAGUGAGGUGA